AUGGAGAGGGCGAGCCCGGCGGCGGGGAAGCUGAACGCCGGCGGGCGCGGGGCGGGCGAUGGGCACGGACCCGCGGGGGGAGCGCAGCCGCGGGCGGCGGCGGGCAGCGCCGAGCCGGGAGAGCUCAUCGGGCGGGCGCUGGAUUUCAAGAGCGAAGGGGCUCAGUGCUACAAGGAUAAGAAAUUCCGGGAGGCCAUCGGCAAGUACCACCGCGCUCUCCUGGAGCUGAAGGCGCUGGUGCUGCUGCUGAGCCAGGAGCCGGCCGGGCAGCGCCCUCCCGCCGCCGCCGCCGCGGGGCUGAGCGAGGAGCAGCGGCAGGCGGUGGAGGCCAUCGAGGUUGACUGCUACAACAGCCUGGCAGCCUGCCUGCUCCAGGCUGAGCUGGUGAACUACGAGCGAGUCAAAGAGUAUUGCCUCAAAGUGCUUCAGAAAGAAGGUGAGAACUUCAAGGCCCUGUAUCGGUCAGGAGUGGCAUUUUACCACCUGGGUGACUUCAACAAGGCCCUCUACUACCUGAAAGAGGCAAGAUCUCGCCAGCCAACAGACACUAACGUCAUACGAUAUAUCCAGCUGACAGAGAUGAAGCUCAGCAGAUGUUCCCAGAGAGAGAAGGAAGCCUUGUGAAAAUGAAGCCGCUUCAGCUGAAGUGCCCAAGGGGGAACAUCUCCUUCCUAGAAGUUCAUUUGGUGGAUUUUCCUGUUUGCUCUGCCUCAUCCUCAUCCCCUUAUCCAUCCACUUUCCCUUGCUCUUCAUUGAAUUCCAGAUUUGAGAAAUAAGAGACUUAGGCACUGGCUAUGGCUGCUUGCCAGCUGGGGUAAUACCCCUUCCCCAGGGCAGGAGAGCACAAUGGCCACAGCCAGCCUGGUUCUGAGACAGUGUCACACACCUGGAGUUGGCAACGCUGAGGGACCUUCCUGGUCCUGAGCUGACUGCCUAUUAAUUACCCAUUAGGGAAGCAACCCCCAGAACAACACCAUCCUGAGCAGGCAAGUUGGAAACAGAGAGUUUCUGCUCCGAGUUAUCGCUGGAGCUUGGAAGAGUUAACCAAGACAGCUGCUGGUCAUUUCAUAGGGGACAGCAAAUGCCUUUUUACCAUCAGUUCCCUCUGCCUGCUUCUCCAGUGUGUGUUCUUGGUCUCCAGUGAGAGCUCACAUGCUCCCAGUGAAAACUGUUUCUAAACAUCUUCUUAAUGAAAGCACAGAGCACCCUAUGAACCUCCCCCCCAAUGCAGAGCUGUCCCAGGCUGUGGGCUCCCACAGAGGGCUGGAGGGACUGUGAAAGCAUGGUGUACAGUGUGAGGGAAAAACUGUGAAAUAACUCAUUAAAGGCAAAUAAAAAAUGAUUAA